AUGGCUACUGACGCCAGCGCGCUUGAGGAGCUACACAGCGAGCUCACCUGUCCAGUGUGCCUCGAGCUCUUCCGUGAGCCAGUGAUUCUCGAGUGCGGACACCACUUCUGCCGCGUGUGCAUUACGCAGUGCUGGGAGGCCAAGUCCGAUGAGCACCCGACCUGCCCGAAGUGCCGGAAGACAUGCCCUCGGAAGCUGCGCCCCAACUCGCUUCUGUGUAACGUCGUGGACAGCGUGAAGAGAGCUCGAGCCAUGGAUGGAAAACCCGGGGACCCGGAGAGCGCACAGGAGGAUACUGAAGAACGGCAACGUGGGGCCAUUAUGCCCAGCUCCGGGUUCAGUUUCACCGGUUCUUCUUCGCGCCUCGAGUCGGACCUGUGCGAGGAGCACGAGGAGAAGUUGAAGCUAUACUGUGAGGAUGAUCAGCUCGCGAUCUGCCUGGUGUGCGGAAUGUCCCGAGACCACAAGACGCACAAUGUCAUCCCCAUCAACGAGGCGUUCGAGAACUACAAGGUAACACUUUUAGAACACUAUUUUGUAUUUAUGUAUAAACCUAUGUAGGUGUUUAGAAUACAUAUAGCCGGGUUAGUACAUCAUUGUCACAGGGACCUGACGCAUUGGAAUGCAUAAGGUAUUGCAUAACCUGUCCAUAAAUCUCAAACUGAGCAAAGUUCAAAAAUUACUAUUCAAUCAGAUAUUUUAAGUCUUGUAAUAUAAAUGUGGACCCAAGACAAUUUAGUCUUUCACAUGCUAGAGCGCGAGACAUGAGCAGACACUUAAGUCAUUGUGGGUGUAGCCUAUACUUGGAGUUCGAGAGGAAUUUGGCAUGCUGGUGUCAGGGCUUAGUUCCCAGACAUAUUUAACCUUUUAUAUUUGCCUUGAAUGUUUGAUGACAUACAUCAGACACCACACUGUUUUCACAAAUCUUACCCUUCUACAUUGUAACUUUUUGGGGGUUAAUUUGGGUAACUUGUUGAAAUGAAGCCAGUUAGUUGGAAAGGCCCGCUGAUCAUAUGAGUCAUAUUAAGCUUGUUGUCAGACUACAAAGGAUCCAAAACAGAAAAUCUAAUAUUGACAAGAGAGUUGGGCCUAAUUCAAUUAAUCUCUGUAUAACGAAAAAAACGCUCUGUUUAUCAGUUCAACUCUCGUAACUUCAAGCUGUGUGUGUGACUUAUUUUUCCUCUUCCUCGUCUGCAGGACAAACUGUCCAUAGCCCUGGAGAGAGUAAUGAUCCAGACUGAACAGGCUUCUUUCUAUCAGGUCCAGACCAACAACAAGAUCAUGCUCAUCAAGGUAUAUUGACUGUGCGUGUGUGUUCGUGCUGUCAGCGAGAGGCUUCUCAUUUACAGUGCCCAUCAUCCUUGAAACAUUUCAAGUGGCCAGUCGACAUUCUGCUGCGUUGUCUCACCCAGGCACAUUCAAAUGAGUUAAAUUAUACAGGGUUUGUCAAUGUGAUUAUGUUGUUACAGGUGUAACGUCAAUAUUGGAGUGUUGGGAAUGUCUAAUGCACAAUGACACUGAGAUUAUGACUAAUUAUGAAUAGUGUUUUUACCCAUUCUUUCUCUCAGACACAGUGCAGACACACACACACACACACACACACACACUCUCACACCCCUAAUGUAAACGUACACAGCAUGACAUAAAAUACAGGCCUUAGUACUGAUAAGAUCAGUGAUAAAAUGUAGGAUGGUCCCAGGUCUCUCCCUCUCUGUUCUAACACAGGCUUCACCUCACAAGGCUUUGUGAAGUAAAUAAGAAAUGUACAGGCUCUACAGUGUACAUGUGUGUGAGGUAGAUACCGAAUGUGUACGAUGUCAGCGGGGCGGUGGAGUCCUGCGUUUAAGAUAACCACAGCACAGACAUCGGGACUCCAUUAAGGAGGCAUGCCCUGUGUGUCUGUUUGUCUGUCACACGUUGAAACACUCUCUCCUCCAAUCACUUGUUCUAUCACUUCCCUCUGUCUCUCUGUGGGGCACAGGAAGUGGGUACGAGCAAGGAUGUGUGUCAGCGAUCUAGCAAUCACGUAACAGAUGUGGCAAAUGUUUAUGUGUGUGUUACUGUGUGAAUGUUCAUGUUGCUGUGUGUGUGUGCAUGCAGCGGAGGUGGUUAGGUGUUCAUGUGACGAGUGACUGUGUCUGAGAACUGAGAGGACUUUGUUUCUAUUGACUUGUUUUAGUAAACUGACUGAGAUUUGAAUCAUGAGAUUUGAAUCAUGAGAUUUGAAUCACUAUGUGUUGAUCUCCUGCCUCCAUUAUCAUUUAAUGCGCUGUUGCCGUGUGUCUGUCUCAUUGUGUUUCGUGAUGUCUUUGUUUUGUAUUGUUCUAAAUCACUGUUGUCUCUGCCUCUUGAUAGCCCGUCAUUGUAAGUAAGAAUGUAUUCUUAAGUGACUUACUUGUAUCAUUUUAAAGGUUAAAUAAAAUAAAACAAACUUGACUAAAGCUCAGAGGGCUAACACAGUCUCUAAGAUGUAUUCCAACCCAGUCGGUAACAUUUUUCUCUGUCCUACAUCAGGAGCGUGCUGGGGACAUGGAGGAGAAGGUGAGUGCAGAGUUUGGAUGUCUGAGGGAGUUCCUUCUCCAGGAAGAAGAAAGAGUGAAGGAGAGACUGCAGAGGGAGAAGGAAGAGAGGCUCAACCAAUUGGAGGAGGUCCUCAAACACACCACAGAGCAAAUCAGCCACUUAGAGCAAACUGCCGACCAGCUCCGCAUCAAACUCCGAGAGGAUCAGAACCCGGCACAACUCAGGGUGAGACGAGAGAGGGGGGGGGGGAGAAAGGGACUGUAAUGGAGAGAAGAAACAAGGGAGAAAAUCUAGAUUGUAGAGGAGGAAGGGAGAGGGGUUAAGGGUGGUGGUGGGGGGGGAUAAAGAAAUAGAGGGACAGUGAAAACGGAAAGAGAAAGGGGUGAAUUAAAACAAGAAUAAAGUAAAGGGUUUUUGAGGAGGAGAAGAAGUGUGUGCAUGUCUCAGCAGGGCCUUAUCACUCUGUUAUUCUUUCUUUCAGGGAAUCAAGGAUUUUAUUGGAGGGUAAGUAAAACAAUCCAUGCUUCUUAUCUGAUGCUACGGUUCAUAGAGCUCUGCAAUAUCCACAUGACUCCAUAUGAAAAAAAAAAAAACAGUAACCCAAUGUUCCUCACAGUGUUUCGUUAUUAUUUACAGUGCAUUCGGAAAGUAUUCAGACCCCUUGAGUUUUUCCACAUUUUGUUACGUUACAGCCUUUUUCUGAAAUUGAUUAAAUUGUUUUUUUUUCCCCUCAUCAAUCUACACACAAUACCCCAUAAUGAUAAAGUAAAAACAGGUUUUUAGACAUUUUUGCUAAGUUAUUAAAAAUAAAAAACGGAAAUAUCACACUUACAUAAGUAUUCAGACCCUUUACUCUGUACUUUCUUGAAGCACCUUUGGCAGCGAUUACAGCCUCGAGUCUUCUUGGGUAUGACGCUACAAGCUUGGGACACCUGUAUUUGGGGAGUUUCUCCAAAUCAUGUCCAAUCAAUUGAAUUUACCACAGGUGGACUCCAAUCAAGUUGUAGAAACAUCUGAAGGAUGAUCAAUGGAAACAGGAUGCACCUGAGCUCAAUUUCGAGUCUCAUAGCAAAGGGUCUGAAUACUUAUGUAAAUAAGAUAUUUCUGUUUUUUAUUCGCAACAUUUUCUAAACCUGUUUUUGCUUUGUCACUAUGGGGUAUUGUGUGUAGAUUGAUGAGGAACAUUUUUAAUUCAAUCCAUUUUAGAAUAAGACUGUAACGUAAUAAAAUGUGGAAAAAGUCAAGGGGUCUGUAUACUUUCUGAAUGCACUGUAUUCAUACUAUAAGGCAGUGGUCGCCAACAGGUCGAUCGCUGGUCGAUCUUCAAGGCAUUCCUAGUCGAUCACCAGACAUUUCUGUAGAAAAGCCAAUGAUAAAGGCUUGCGCUCCUUUUUUUAUUAUUGGUUUUGUGCUGUUGGCGGUAGGUACACUUGAUUCAGAAGCCCUGCGCACCUGGUAGGCAAAGUGUUUACAUUUUGAACCAUUUCAUUUGUCUGAAAAGACAAACUCCGCCCACCUGGCGGACUGGGAGAUCUGUGGCUAAAUCGAGUGCUCCUACUGCGUUGGCCAAUCGGAUAGCUCAAAUCACUGUGCCUACAGAACUUCCCCGGCCACAGCAAAGUUUGAUACUAGCCUACAUAAGAUUGAAUAACUUUUCAAACCAAGACCACAGAGAGACUAUCAAAUAAUACAGCAAAGAGUUGCUGUUUUUAUGAGUGAGUUUAUGUCUCAGUUUUUAUUUAGCACUGUCAACGCUGUUUUAUUCAACACUAUUACAAAACAUAAAACACACUUUUCCAUACUUGCGCUGCAGCUGCAAUGAAUGAGUAACCAAGUGUAGGCCUGCAUUUUUAUUAUUAUUAGCAGCUCGUCGUGUCUACUUUAAUAUUGAGGAACAUUUCACAUUCUCUGGUCAUAGGAACAACAUUAAUUUGUGCAUGAUUGAGGCAGAUGCGGUGCGACUCGAGUUUCCCCAUCAGGUGGAUGACUGUGUCCCCUCUCUGAUCAGUCUCACCGGCGGAAAGGAAGAGGAGAGCAGGGACCGUGAGAGGCAGACCAUCUGCUGCUCUCUCCCUCCGCUGAGACUAAUGCCGUGUUCAAAACAACUUGGAACUCAAAAAUCUCAGACUUCAGUGCGUUCAAGACAAAUUGGAACUCGGAAAAAAACUAGAUCCGAAUGGGAGAAAUCGUUUUGAAUGGUCAUCCAACUCGCAAUUCCAAGUCGGAAACUCUGGCAUCUUUCUAGAGCUCCGACAUUCCGACCUGAAGAUCAUGAUUUGACCUCGUUUUUUUUCUGAGUUCCCAGUUGUCUUGAAAGCACCAUGACCAUCAGAUGUAGGUACCAUCAGUCCAGUGAAAUAAAACAUCGAAUUAUUUAAAUUAAUGGUCCACAGUGCCUCACAAGUGCUACACCAACUGAUCUAUUUUGUUAUCAAAGCUCGAGUUUUGAAAUAUAAUAUGGUCUGAGAAUAACAAUAUUGGCAGGCCAGUUAUAUAGCCAAUAUGCUGUGAUAAUGUUUUAGUCCUAGUGCCCAAACAUCAUUCCUACAGAACUGUGCUUAUCUGUUUUUAUUAGGUUAAUGUUACAUUGUUUAAGUCAUGUUUAAAAACAAAUCUGAGCAGUAGAGCUCGGCUUGCUUUUUGACUGCGAAAGGGAUCUUGACUCAGAAAAGGUUGGUGACCACUGCUAUAAGUGUACUUUCCAAUUAGAUAAAGACUCAGAAACCGGCCUUUCUAGGUAAAUAGUGUAAACAAACGUUCUCUCUCUCUCGCUCCUUCGCUCUCAGAGCGGAGAUUAUGUUUGAGCGACCCCAGGAGGUGUGUGUGGAUCUGCCGGAGGGGGACUUCCUGGGACCACUGCAGUACCGCACCUGGAGGAGGAUGAACGCUGUGCUUCAGCCAGGUACAACCACAGCAAUAUAGAGUUAGACCACACCUGACCAAAUAUAGACAAUACCUGACCACAUAUACAGUGCAUUCGGAAAGUAUUCAGACCCCUUGACUUUUUCCACAUUUUGUUAUGUUACAGCCUUAUUCUAAAUUUGAUUAAAUUGGUUUUCUCCUCAUCAAUCUACACACAAUACCCCAUAAUGACGAAGCAAAAACAGGUUUUAAGAUAUUCUUGCAAAUUUAUAAAAUAUUAAAAAACGGAAAUAUCACAUUUACAUAAGUAUUCAGACCCUUCACUCAGUACUUUGUUGAAGCACCUUUGGCAACGAUUACAGCCUCGAGUCUUAUUGGGAUAUGAAGCUACAAGCUUGGCACACCUGUAUUUUGGGAGUUUCUCCAAUUCUUCUCUGCAGAUCCUGAGUGCUCUGGAGCAGGUUUUCAUCAAGGAUCUCUCUGUACUUUGCUCCGUUCAUCUUUCCCUCGAUCCUGACUAGUCUCCCAGUCCCUGCCGCUGAAAAACAUCCCUGCAUGCUGCCACCACCAUGCUUCACCGUAGGGAUGGUGCCAGGUUUCCUCCUGAUGUGACGCUUGGCAUUCAGGCCAAAGAGUUCAAUCUUGGUUCCAUCAGACCAGAGAAUCUUGUUUCUCAUGGUCUCAUGGUUGUUUCUCAUGGCAAACUCCAAGUGGGCUGUCAUGUGCCUUUUACUGAGGAGUGGCUUCCGUCUAGCCACUCUACCAUAAAGGCCUGAUUGGUGGAGUGCUGCAGAGAUGGUUGUCCUUCUGGAAGGUUCUCCCAUCUCCACACAUGAACUCUGGAAUUCUGUCAGAGUGACCAUUGGGUUCUUGGUUACCUCCCUGACCGAGGCCCUUCUCCCCCGAUUGCUCAGUUUGGCCAGGCGGCCAGCUCUAGGAAGAGUCUUGGUGGUUCCAAACUUCUUCCAUUUAAGAAUGAUGGAGGCCACUGUGUUCUUGGGGACCUUCAAUGCUGCAGAAAUGUUUUGGUACCCUUCCCCAGAUCUGUGCCUCGACACAAUCCUGUCUCGGAGCUCUACGGACAAUUCCUUCAACCUCAUGGCUUGGGUUUUUGCUGUCAACUGUGGGACCUUUUAUGCACUGUCAACUGUGGGACCUUUUAUAGACAGUUGUGUGCCUUUCCAAAUCAUGUCCAAUCAAUUGAAUUUACCACAGGUGGACUCCAAUCAAGUUGUAGAAGCAUCUCAAGAAUGGUCAAUGGAAACAGGAUGCACCUGCGCUCAAUUUCCAGUCUCAUAGCAAAGGGUCUGAAUACUUAUAUAAAUAAGGUAUUUCAGUUUUGUAUUUGUAAUACAUUUGCAAACAUUUCUAAAAACCUGUUUUUGCUUUGUCAUUAUGGGGUAUUGUGUGUAUAUUGAUGAGGACAUUUUUUAUUUAAUCCAUUUUAGAAUAAGGCUGUAACGUAACAAAAUGUGGAAAAAGUCAAGAGGUCUGAAUACUUUCUGAAUGCACUGUAGACCACACCUGACUCCCUUAGACCACAGCUCUCACAUAUCUGACCACAUUCCACCACAGGAUCCACCUGAUUGCAUUCUAUCAAACCUGAUUGCACCUGACAGUAUCCUACCACACCAAUGUGUUGACCGCAUACAGCCUGUCCUUUCUUUCGUAUUUCAAUGCCUCUGUCUCUCCCUAGGUGUGACAGUGGUGACUCUAAACCCAGACACGGCCUACCCCAGGCUGUGGGUGUCCCCGUGCUGCACCCAGGUCAGUGUCGGGGACAUCCAGCCCAACCUGCCCAACAACCCUGAGCGCUUCACCCGCUACAACAUCGUCCUGGGAAGCCAGGCCCUCACCUCAGGGCAACACUACUGGGUGGUUGAGGUGGGCACUAAGACGGCCUGGGGGCUGGGGGUGGCAGCCGCCUCGGUCAACAGGAAGGAGGAGAUCUGCCUGUGUCCCGACGACGGCUUUUGGACCCUGGUGUUAAGAGAGGGGCGGGAAGGGAGUGAGUACGAGGCCUGCACCAACCACGAAGAGAGCCUGUUGCACCCCCCUCGCCCCCCCAGGAGGGUAGGGGUGUACCUGGACUACAGGAGGGGUGUGGUGGCAUUUUACGAUGCAGGGGAUAUGAGUCACCUGUUCACGUUCUCCGACGCCAUGUUCAAAGAGCCGGUGUUCCCCUACUUCAACCCCUGGCCAAUCAUCAAAGGGAGAAACCGUGAGCCUCUAAUUAUUGUUAGCCCUGACCCGGAGAUAUGA